GCAAAACCUGUCCCUUGUAUGCAAGCUUGGUGAUAGGCCGGCCGAAGGUCGCGCCUAUGGUAACCUUGGUAACACGCAUUAUCUUUUGGGAAAUUUUCGAGAGGCCGUCGAAUUUCACAAGAAACGCCUGCAAAUAGCUAAGGAGUUCGGUGAUCUGCGCGCUCAGAGACGUGCCUAUAGCAACCUUGGCAAUGCCUAUAUCUUCCUGGCGGAUUUUACUUCAGCGGCUCGGAGCUAUAAACACGCUCUGGGUAUAGCACGGCAAUUAGGCGAUGAAACACUGCAAGCCCAGGCCUGUUUUAGCCUUGGACACAGUUGUACCCUAUUGAGGGACUACUCAGCUGCUGUAGUGUACUACCUGCGUCAUCUCCACGUGGCUUGGGAGGCAGGAGAUAGGUUGGGACAAGGUCGUUGCCACUGGUCUUUGGCGAAUGUUUACGCGGCAUUAGGUGACUACCAGCGGGCUUUGCGGAGCUCCAUGCGGCAUCGAAAAAUCUCCAAGGAGCUUAACGACGAGAUUGGUCUUCUGGCCGCUGAUUUGAUGAUCACCGAACUUCACCGAAUUCUUGGACAUAGCAGACCCGACCCUCAGCUUGAAGAAACUCCACCUUCAUCUCCAUCCCUCAUCAACACCGAUUCUUCCCACCUCCAAGCCGCCGCUGAAGCGCGAGCUCUGGAACAGGUUCUCCUCUUUGAUGCGGAUAGCUGUGGACAGGGUCAUGUACUCACUGUCUCGCCCUCCACUACAGUCACCGUCGCUCCUGGAAAUCCUCCUAUCGAGUCGUCGGACCUGACAAAAGGGGAGACGACAAAGGUGGAUGUGGAGGAGCUGAGCGAAAAGGAAUUAGUGACGGAGCUCUCCCUCGCAACCAAUGCGGCUUUGGCGGUCCGACGUAGACACGGAAGCGAUAGUGGUGGAGGAGGAGGGGGAGGAGGAGGUGAAGGCGAUUUUUUGUCACUAAGUGAGGAGGAGGAUGAGGACUUUGUGGUUGUAAUCUCACCUACCGAGGCAGAGAGUAGCGGGGACCAAUAUCAUCGAUCCGGCGGCGAAUCCGUCGGUGGGGCCCUGCACCGGGCCACCAGCCCGUCCAAUCACACUGCGGACCAAUCUGACUCAAGCGAACUGCUAUUUGACCUACUCUUCAAAUCCCAAGCCUUACGGAUGAACGAUCAGCGCUGUGAUUUGAAUGCUGCUACCGGCGUCAGUGUUAUCAACAAUAACAACAAUAGUGGUGGCGACAAUAUUGGUAGUGAUGGUGACGGUGUGCUGGCAGCGUCGGGUGACUCUCUGAAUAUGGAAAACGACUCCUUUUUGGAUCUU